AUGGAGAGCGAGGAGGAGCAGCACAUGACCACGCUGCUCUGCAUGGGCUUCUCGGACGCGGCCGCCAUCCGCAAGGCCCUGCGCCUGGCCAAGAACGACAUCAAUGAGGCCGUGGCGCUGCUCACCAACGAGCGGCCCGGCCUCCACUACGGCGGCUACGAGCCCAUGGAGAGCGGGCACGGCCCGCCGGGCGGGCACGGCUCCCCCGCCGGCGGGCAGGGCCCCCGCGGCGGCGACGGGGACGGCGGAGGCGGCGGGGGCGGCUUCGACCCUCCGCCCGCCUACCAUGAAGUGGUGGAGACCGAGAAAAAUGAUGAAAAUGGGAAUUGCUCUGGUGAAGGGAUUGAGUUCCCAACAACCAACUUGUAUGAACUGGAGAGCAGAGUUUUGACAGAUCACUGGUCCAUACCCUACAAGCGGGAGGAGUCUCUAGGCAAGUGCCUAAUUGCAUCCACCUACCUGGCAAGAUUGGGUCUUUCUGAUUCCGAUGAGAAUUGCAAGAGGUUUAUGGACAGAUGCAUGCCUGAAGCAUUUAAAAAGCUGUUGACAUCCAGUGCUGUUCACAAGUGGGGAACCGAAAUCCAUGAAGGAAUCUACAACAUGCUCAUGCUGCUGGUGGACCUGGUUGCAGAAAGAGUCAAACAAGAUCCUAUCCCUGUGGGCCUGCUUGGUGUGCUUACAAUGGCAUUUAAUCCUGACAAUGAAUAUCAUUUCAAGAAUCGAAUGAAGGUGUGCCAGAGAAACUGGGCAGAAGUCUUUGGGGAGGGGAACAUGCAUGCUGUCUCACCCAUAUCCACUUUUCAGAAGGAACCUCAUGGGUGGCUGGUGGAUCUGGUAAACAGGUUUGCAGAGUUGGGUGGAUUUUCAGCAAUUCAGUCCAAACUCAAUUCUGAAGAUAUUGAACUUGGGGCAAUCUCUGCAUUAGUUCAGCCAUUUGGAGUUUGUGCAGAAUAUCUUAACUCUUCUGUAGUACAGCCCAUGCUGGAUCCAGUCAUUCAUAAAAUGAUUAAAUAUGUACAGAAUGUAGAAGAGAAGGACUUGAAAGACAAGAGGCUGGUGAGUAUCCCUGAGCUCUUGUCUGGGAUCAAACUGCUGUGUAUGCGCUUCCAGCCUGACCUGGUCACGGCGGUCGAUGACUUGCGGCUGGACAUUCUGCUGCGCAUGUUGAAAUCCCCCCACUUCAGUGCAAAAAUGAAUUCCCUCAAAGAAGUAACAAAAUUAAUAGAAGACAGCACUGUGUCCAAGUCAGUGAAGAAUGCAAUAGACACAGACCGACUGCUAAAUUGGCUUGUGGAGAAUUCAGUCCUGUCAAUUGCUCUGGAAGGUAAUAUAGACCAAGCGCAGUACUGUGAUCGUAUAAAGGGAAUUAUUGAACUGCUGGGCAGUAAAUUAUCUUUAGAUGAGCUCACUAAAAUUUGGAAAAUUCAGUCAGGACAAUCUUCCACUGUGAUUGAGAACAUACAUACCAUUAUUGCUGCAGCUGCUGUGAAGUUUAGCUCUGAUCAACUCAAUCAUUUAUUUGUUCUAAUCCAAAAAAGCUGGGAGACAGAGAGUGACCGAGUGAGGCAGAAGCUGCUGAGCCUCAUUGGCCGCAUUGGCCGAGAAGCACGAGUGGAAACAACCACUGGCAAGGUUCUGGAGGUUCUUUGGGAGCUGGCUCAUCUUCCAACAUUACCGUGUAGUCUUAUCCAGCAGGCCUUGGAGGAACACCUGACAAUCCUCAGUGAUGCUUAUGCAGUGAAAGAGGCAAUCAAAAGGAGCUACAUCAUCAAAUGCAUAGAGGAUAUUAAGAGGGUUGGUUUAUUAUUUUAUCUUUUCCAAAAUGAGCUUUCCUGCUACCAGUCGUCCCAGCACAAUAAUCCUCAGUUUGUGUGGGUGGUGCCAGCCUUGCGUCAGCUCCACGAAAUCACGCGUUCAUUUAUUAAGCAAACUUACCAAAAACAAGACAAGAGCAUUAUUCAAGAUUUAAAGAAAAACUUUGAAAUAGUGAAGUUGGUGACAGGAAGCUUGAUAUCUUGUCACCGUUUGGCUGCAUCUGUGGCAGGCCCAGGUGGGCUGGUGGGAGCAACACUGGUGGAUGGCCGAUACACUUACCGGGAGUAUUUGGAGGCACAUCUAAAAUUUUUGGCAUUUUUUCUGCAAGAAGCCACCCUUUAUUUGGGCUGGAAUCGUGCCAGGGAGAUCUGGGAAUGCCUGGUAACUGGCCAAGAUGUUUGUGAGUUGGAUCGAGAGAUGUGCUUUGAGUGGUUUACAAAAGGGCAACAUGAUCUAGAGAGUGAUGUGCAGCAACAGCUUUUCAAAGAGAAAAUUCUUAAACUGGAAUCAUAUGAAAUUACUAUGAACGGUUUUAGUUUAUUUAAGACAUUCUUUGAAAAUGUGAACCUGUGUGACCAUCGACUGAAGAGGCAAGGAACUCAACUGAGUGUCGAAAAACUGGAAUUAAUAGGAAUGGAUUUCAUUUGGAAGAUUGCAAUGGAGUCACCAGAUGAAGAAAUUGCCAAUGAAGCUAUUCAACUGAUCAUAAAUUACAGCUAUAUUAAUCUAACUCCCAGAUUGAAAAAGGAUUCAGUAUCACUGCACAAGAAAUUCAUUGCUGAUUGCUACACACGAUUAGAGGCAGCCAGCUCUGCACUCGGUGGUCCAACAUUAACACACGCUGUCACAAGAGCUACAAAAAUGCUUACAGCAACUGCCAUGCCUACAGUGGCUACAUCAGUUCAGUCUCCUUACAGGUCAACUAAACUUGUAAUAAUUGAGAGACUGCUGCUGUUGGCAGAGCGUUACGUGAUAACAAUAGAGGACCUUUACUCUGUUCCCCGAACUAUUCUACCUCAUGGUGCCUCUUUCCAUGGACAUCUUUUAACCCUCAAUGUUACAUAUGAGUCUACCAAAGAUACCUUCACCAUAGAGGCUCAUAGCAAUGAAACUGUAGGAAGUGUCAGGUGGAAGAUAGCAAAGAUGUUGAAUUCACCUGUGGAAAAUAUACAGAUAUUUGCCAAUGACAGCCUGCUAACAGUAAACAAAGAUCAGAAACUACUCCACCAACUGGGCUUCUCUGAUGAACAAAUCCUUACAGUAAAAACAUCAGGAAGUGGGACUCCAUCAGGGACUUCUGCAGAUUCCUCAACCAGUUCCAGCAACAGCAGCAGUGUAUUUAGUUCAUCCUAUGCAAUGGAACAGGAGAAAUCCCUCCCUGGAGUCGUCAUGGCUCUCGUUUGUAAUGUGUUUGAUAUGCUUUACCAGCUUGCCAACCUGGAGGAGCCAAGGAUAACACUGCGAGUGAGGAAACUUCUGCUCCUGAUUCCCACUGACCCAGCUAUUCAGGAGGCUCUUGAUCAGCUUGAUUCCCUGGGAAGGAAGAAAACACUGCUUUCAGAAUCCAGUUCUCAGUCCUCAAAAUCCCCAUCCUUGUCUUCAAAACACCAACAUCAGCCCAGUGCCAGUUCAAUACUAGAAAGUCUUUUCAGAUCUUUUGCUCCAGGCAUGUCCACAUUCAGAGUGCUCUACAAUUUAGAGGUGCUGAGCUCCAAGCUGAUGCCAACUGCAGAUGAUGAAAUGGCAAGAAACUGUGCCAAGUCUUUCUGUGAAAACUUCCUUAGAGCAGGAGGUUUGAGUUUGGUGGUGAAUGUGAUGCAGAGAGAUUCCAUCCCAUCAGAGGUGGACUAUGAAACAAGACAAGGAGUCUAUUCCAUUUGCCUGCAGCUUGCAAGGUUCUUGCUGGUUGGCCAGACAAUGCCCACACUGCUGGAUGAGGAUUUCAUUAAGGAUGGGGUGGAAGCUCUGUCCUCACGGCCCUUCCGCAACGUGAGCCGGCAGGCGAGCAGGCAGAUGUCCAUCUGUGGAACUCCUGAGAAGUCCUCCUACCGCCAGCUCUCUGUGUCUGACAGAUCCUCCAUCAGGGUGGAAGAAAUCAUCCCAGCUGCAAGAGUUGCCAUACAGACCAUGGAGGUGAAUGAUUUCACCUCCACAGUGGCUUGUUUCAUGCGCCUCUCGUGGGCUGCUGCUGCAGGACGCCUGGACCUCGUGGGAAGUAGUCAGCCCAUCAAAGAAAGCAGCACUCUCUUUCCUGCUGGGAUUAGAAACAGACUUAGCAGCUCAGGAAGUAACUGCAGUUCGGGAAGCGAAGGGGAGCCCACGGCACUGCACGCUGGGAUCUGUGUGAGGCAGCAGUCUGUGUCCACCAAAGAUGCCCUCAUUGCUGGGGAAGCCUUGUCUCUGCUAGUAACCUGCCUUCAGCUACGUAGUCAGCAGCUAGGAUCUUUUUACAAUUUGCCUUGUGUUGCUGAUUUCAUCAUUGAUAUUCUGCUUGGAUCACCAAGUGCUGAGAUUCGUCGCGUUGCCUGUGACCAGUUGUACACCCUUAGCCAGACAGACACAUCAGCUCACCCAGAUGUACAAAAGCCAAACCAGUUCCUCCUAAGCGUUGUUCUUGGGGCCCAGCUGCCUCUUUGGUCACCAACCAGCAUCAUGAGAGGAAUCAACCAGAGACUUCUGUCCCAGUGUACAGAAUAUUUUGACCUGAGAUGUCAAUUACUGGAUGACCUAACAUCAUCAGAAAUGGAGCAGCUGAAGAUAAGCCCAGCUGCCAUGUUGGAAGAUGAGAUCACUUGGCUGGACAACUUUGAGCCCAACCGCACGGCAGAGUGUGAGACUAGUGAGGCUGAUAACAUCCUGUUAGCAGGACACUUGAGGCUCAUCAAGACUCUCCUUUCACUCUGUGGGGCAGAGAAGGAAAUGGUUGGUUCCUCUUUGAUUAAGCCGUUGUUGGAUGAUUUCCUGUUCCGAGCAUCCAGGAUUAUCCUGAACAGCCAUUCCCCAGCAGGCAGUGCUGCAAUCAGCCAGCAAGACUUCCAUCCAAAGUGCAGUACAGCAGACAGCAGAUUAGCUGCUUAUGAAGUGCUGGUAAUGCUGGCUGAUAGCUCACCCUCCAAUCUUCAGCUUAUUACAAAGGAGCUGCUUUCUAUGCACCACCAGUGUGACCCUGCACUCACCAAGGAGUUUGAUUACCUUCCACCAGUGGACAGUCGCUCCAUUUCUGGAUUUGUGGGACUGAAGAAUGGUGGUGCUACUUGUUACAUGAAUGCUGUUUUCCAGCAGCUGUACAUGCAGCCUGGUCUCCCAGAGGCCUUGCUUUCCAUUGAUGAUGAUACAGACAAUCCUGAUGACAAUGUAUUCUAUCAAGUCCAAUCUCUUUUUGGUCAUUUGAUGGAAAGCAAGCUGCAGUAUUAUGUACCAGAGAACUUUUGGAAGAUUUUCAAGAUGUGGAAUAAGGAACUUUAUGUUAGAGAGCAACAGGAUGCUUAUGAGUUCUUCACCAGUCUUAUAGAUCAAAUGGAUGAGUACCUCAAGAAAAUAGGAAGAGACCAAAUAUUUAAGAAUACUUUUCAAGGAAUCUUCUCUGAUCAGAAGAUCUGCAAAGACUGUCCUCACAGGUAUGAACGUGAGGAAGCCUUCAUGGCUCUCAACCUUGGUGUGACUUCAUGUCAAAGCCUGGAAAUAUCACUGGAUCAGUUUGUUAGAGGAGAGGUUCUGGAAGGAAGCAAUGCAUACUACUGUGAAAAGUGCAAAGAAAAGAGAACUACAGUGAAACGCACCUGCAUUAAGGUCUUACCAAGCCUGCUGGUGAUUCACCUGAUGAGAUUUGGUUUUGACUGGGAGAGUGGCCGUUCUAUUAAAUAUGAUGAACAAAUAAGGUUUCCCUGGAUGCUGAACAUGGAACCUUACACUGUGUCAGGGAUGGCUCGUCAGGACUCGUCCUCAGAAGUGGGGGAAAAUGGCAGGAACACAGACCAGGGAGGAGGAGGCUCCCCAAGGAAGAAAGUUGCCCCUACAGAGAACUACGAGCUCGUUGGUGUGAUAGUCCACAGUGGCCAGGCUCAUGCAGGACACUACUACUCCUUCAUCAAGGACAGGAGAGGAUGUGGAAAAGGAAAGUGGUAUAAAUUUAAUGACACUGUUGUUGAAGAAUUUGAUUUGACUGAUGAAACCCUGGAAUAUGAAUGUUUUGGUGGAGAGUAUAGACCUAAAGUCUACGAUCAAUCAAAUCCCUACCCUGAUGUGCGCCGGCGCUACUGGAACGCCUACAUGCUGUUCUACCAGAGAGUGUCUGACCAGAACUCUCCAGUCCUACCAAAGAAAAGCAGAGUCAGUGUCGUGCGUCAGGAAGCUGAGGACCUCUCCUUAUCUGCUCCCUCUUCACCAGAAAUUUCACCCCAGUCAUCACCUCGACCUCACAGGCCCAACAGUGACCGUCUCUCCAUCUUGACCAAGCUGGUUCGAAAAGGAGAAAAAAAGGGACUCUUUGUGGAGAAAAUGCCUGUGCGCAUUUAUCAGAUGGUGAGAGAUGAAAACUUGAAAUUUAUGAAGAACAGAGAUGUAUACAGUAGUGACUACUUCAGUUUUGUUCUGUCAUUAGCCUCCCUGAAUGCUACUAAGGUAAAGCAUCCCUAUUAUCCCUGCAUGGCAAAGGUGAGCUUACAGCUGGCAGUCCAAUUUCUCUUCCAAACCUAUCUCAGAACCAAGAAGAAACUCAGGGCUGAUACAGAAGAAUGGAUUGCCACCAUAGAUGCACUGCUCUCCAAAAGUAUUGAUGCUUGUCAGUGGUUGGUUGAGUAUUUCGUUGGGCCAGAGGGCCGGGAGCUUGUAAAGACUUUCCUCCUGGAAUGCAGUGUGAGGGAGGUACGAGUUGCUGUGGCCACUGUCCUUGAAAAAACCCUCGACAGUGCCUUGCUUUAUCAGGAGAAGUUAAAAACUCUACAUCAGUUACUGGAGGUGCUACUUGCUCUACUGGAUAAAGAUGUACCUGAAAACUGUAAAAACUGUGCUCAGUACUUUUUGUUAUUCAAUAACUUUGUACAGAAGCAGGGAAUAAGGGCUAGCAGUCUUCUCCUCAGACAUUCUGCCUUGAGGCACAUGGUCAACUUUCUCCUUGGCCCCAACAGGCAGAGCAAUCAGAACCGCAGGUGGAGUUCAGCACAGGCACGUGAGUUUGGGUAUCUUCACAACACUGUAGCACUGCUUGUCUUGCACUCUGAUGUCUCCUCACAAAGAAAUGUUGCUCCUGGUCUCUUUAAGCAGCGUCCACCUCUCAGCAUCACUGCUUCAGGGCCACUUCUGGCACUCCAUGAAGAAGUGGAAGCCUUGCUAUUCCUGUCUGAAGGAAAACCCUACUUAAUGGAGGUGAUGCACGCGCUGCGGGAGCUGACGGGGUCGCUGUCGGUGCUCAUCGAGAUGGUGGUGUACUGCUGCUUCUGCAAUGAGCACUUCUCCUUCACUGUGCUGCACUUCAUCAAGACUCAACUGGAAACUGCUCCACCUCAUGAACUGAAAAACAUAUUCCAGUUACUCCAUGAGAUCCUGGUUAUUGAAGACCCACUACAAGUAGAGCGCAUCAAAUUUGCCUUUGAAACUGAAAAUGGAUUAAUAGCCUUGAUGCACCACAGCAACCACGUGGACAGCAGCCGUUGCUACCAGUGUGUCAAGUUCCUGGUUACUCUGGCUCAGAAAUGUCCUACUGCAAAAGAUUACUUCAAGGAGAAUUCACACCACUGGAGUUGGGCUGUACAGUGGCUACAGAAAAAGAUGUCUGAACAUUACUGGGCUCCCCAGAGUAACGUGUCCAAUGAGACAUCCACUGCAAAAACCUUCCAGCGCACUAUUUCAGCACAGGACACUCUGGCCUAUGCCACAGCCCUGCUGAAUGAGAAGGAUCAGUCUGGAAGCAGCAAUGGGUCAGAAAGCAGUCCUGCCAAUGAGAAUGGAGAGAGGCACCUGCAGCAGGGCUCAGAGUCUCCUAUGAUGAUUGGGGAGCCUAAAAGUGACCUUGAUGAUGUUGACCCUUAGAGGAGAUCCCUGUGAACACAAGACCCAACUCAAACAUUCAGUGCCUGGUACCUGCUGGAGCUGGAGUCGUGUUGCUUAUGCCAUUGGAAGUCUGGGGGAGCAGUGGCUUUACAGGACCAGAGGAGAUGCUGGAGGAGGUUGUUUCCCUGAAAGAUAAAAGCAUUUUCUAGCCAUGAAGGCUUCAGAUCAACAAAUGCUCUAGAAAACUGCAUCUUCACCUGCAGUAGCUUGUGACAGUCCAAAACACCGAAACCAAGUUUGUCAAGAAGAUUUUAUCAAAUACACAAACGCUAGUGGUUGAAGUUUUAUGUGAACAUUAAAUGAGUGAAUGUAAAACUGUUGCUUUUCUGUGAUGCUGCAAAAAAAAUUCAUUUGGUUUUUAUACAGGAAAAAAAAAAAGAAACAGACUGCCCUUAUGUAUGGAGGGCAAAUUUUUAAUCUUUCUGAUAAUAUUGAAUAGGAAUAUUCAAAUUUCUGUAAAGAUGUGUGAUUACUUACAUUUCAUUGUAAAAUAUUAGUUAAAGAAUGGGUUUACAUUAAGGACUUCUGUAUUUAAUAUGUCUCCCUGCUAAUUUGUAAAGCUUGUGAUGAGAAAGAUCAGCAGGAUUCUCUGUAAGAAGAGUGAUUCCUUAGAGAAUGAUUUGGUAAAGAAGUUGUGGAAUGAGUCAUCUUUCCCAGUAUCUUUCCAAAAACCCUUCAGAGAACUGGGAAGGGCAGUAAAAGAAAAGCUUUGUUCUCUAGGUAUGCAAGCAUUUAUUAUUGAAGGAUGUUGGUGAAUUAAAAAAAAAAAAAAAGUUAAUGAGUAGUUUAAAAGAAAAAAAGCACUUUAAGAAGGAAUUCUGUUGCAGUUUUACUCAUUAAAUUUUUUAAACCUUUGGAGACAUAUUGAAUAAAAUGUAGUCUCAGUCAUGAAUCUGCAAUCACUUGCUUACGCUUUGAAAUUACUGAGAAAGUUGGUAUUGGUUGUAUAUGAUGAAUAAUUCCUUGAGUGAGCUGGGAACACUGUUGUGCAGAUUUUAUAGCAAUUUUAACACACGGAAAGAAAGAAUUGGCUUUCUGUUUUCACUUGACCAGGCAACGUUUAAAAGAUCACAGCUCUUUUAAUUUGCUCACAAAUAACUGGAAACCAGUUGGGAUGAUUUGAGCACAGUUUUGUUUUCUAUGUCAAGUGCAGUUCAGUGAUUUCUGGCUCUGGAUUCAAGCUUCUUUUGUGCCAACUAACUUCAUCUUUUGUACAUUUUGUGUUUGUCACAUUUUCUGCACUGCUUUUUGCCUUUAUUUAUGGAUUCUGCCUUACUUUAAAAAAAUUAUAUAAACAAACAUGCACAGAAACGGGGGACAUCUUAAGGAGUGCCUGGGUACCUCCAAAAUAGACAAAUUUGCCAAGUUAAAGGCACAACCAGCCAAAAAGUGCCUUUUUUUGUUUCUUUUCACACACUGCUGCCAAAACACGGAGCAGCAGACAGCUUUUCACUGUUGUGCACUAAUAUUGAAAGUAACCAGUCAUUUCACUGUUGGAAGUAACCAUGGGAUGUGAUGUCAGCUGUACAGCUUUAUAACUUAUUGUGGGGUAGGAGAGCCAGCAUCACAGAUUGCAGGGGGGCACCGUAGUCAAUCUCUCACUUUCCUUUUCCAAACAAUGUCUUCAUAGACACACGGCAGAGUUAGCAUUUUAUAAAUGUUUCUGAUGAUGUGCUGGGACAUUUUAAAUGUGACACGUUUGAAAUUAAUUUUGAACUAAUCAUUUCUUACAGACACCCCCUUCCUUCCUUCCUUCCCCCACCCCCAAAUGCUUUGGUAAUGGGUCAUGAAUCUUCCCAAGGAGUCAGUAUACAGUGGUGAUGGUGAUGGGAGGAACUGGUCAUGUUCUAUGGGUUGGCACCACUUGUCACUUCAGGUUCCUGUUAUUUCCUAUGGAAACAACAUCCUCAAUAGCUGCAGGCCCAGGGAAGCAUUGGUGGGAAUUCCAUCAGGAUGGCUUCAUCACCACUGUAUACUUGAAACCAAUACAAACUUUUUCACGGUUCUGCUCAUGCUUGUACAAAGUCAGUGGUUAUAAUUUGCAAUAAGAUUAUACUUGGUCACUUAUUUUUGUUUCCAGCUGCUGUCAUUUGAACCUGCUGAAGAUUAUUUUUUUGGAAAAUAGAGUUCAACAAAAAAAAAUCAAAAAAAAAUAGUUUUUGUGUAAAUUGUGAUGCAUUUAUAUGUUGUAAUUUUUACUGCCAAUCUUUUUGGAUGAAAAUGUUUUUAUACAGCUUACAAAAUGUUCAGUGAAGAGCAGCCACAGCCUGCCUGUGAGCACUCGGG